AUGACACCCACCGUACAAUCAGAGAAGCCGGAAUUAUCCACGUCGCCGAUUCCAGCCAUGAUGAUGAGACCGGCCUUGGUCGUGGGAUGCAGGUUUUCUCCAUCAGCCGUGACUGAAAGGGCCACGAAGGAGAUCGCCCUAGAGACAACAUUAGUGGCCUUGCCUAUGCAACAAGCUAGACUGCCGCAUAUCGAGGGUACUCGAUUGUGGUUAUUGAUCUCAGUGUUAGUAUGCCAGCAGCGCGUGGACAAGGUGUUGUGCCUGGCGCUGUUGAUGUCUGCACUCGAGCAGCUGAUCAUUGGUCCUGCGCUCAUUACAAUAUCGGAGGACCUGGGAAGAUACGAUCUUUCCAGCUGGGUUGUCAAUGCUUACCUUCUCUCUUACAAUGGCUUUCUGGUCGUCUUUGCUCGAUGCUCCGAUAUCUUUGGCAGACGGUCUUCGUUCAUGACUGCCCUCAUAGUCUUCUUGGUCUCUUCUACCGCUUGUGGUGCAGCUCAAACAAUGCUACAAUUGAUUGUUUUCCGUGCUUUUCAAGGCGUCGGUGGUGCAGGGCUGUUCACACUCACAGCAAAUGAGCAUAAGUACAGAGGUACCUGGCAAAGCACGAAGCAUCAUCUCAGGGCUUAUCUCUGGAGUCUUUGGCAUCGCGGCCGGCGCUUCUCCUUUGAUCGGAGGUGCGAUCGUUUCGAACACAACCUGGAGAUGGGUGUUUCUACUCAAAAUCUCGCUAAGCUCGAGCUCAAUCGAAAGACACUUGGGCAAGUCGACUGGAUGGGCACUCUGUUGUAUUUGAUCACAGUCGUUUGCUUGAAUUUCAGUUUGACCGAAGGUGGGACGAGAUUCUCUUGGAGGAGUGCUGCCACAAUAGUGCCUCUUGUCAUCUCUGGACUGUCCUUGGCGGCAUUCGUCGCUUGGGAGGCAAGAUUGACUGCACUGGGUGCACGAUCUCAGACUCUACCUCUAUGGCCGACUAGACUGUUCCGGACUAGAGCCGUAGCGUGUGCGAUGCUCACAGCCUUCCUCUCUGGUGUGCCCCUCUAUUCUUCGUACAUCUACCUGCCGCAGAGGUUCGAAUUAGUAAAUUCGCUUUCGCCAGUGCAGGCUGGUCUCAGGAUACUUAUACUAGCAUGGUUCGCCUUCAUCGCAACAGGAUUGUCGGCAGCGAUAUGCAACCACAGGAAUCUAUCGUUUCCAAUACUGGCUGCUUCAAUGGCACUACAGAGUCUCAGUAUAGGGCUUAUCUCUGCGCUGCCAAACACGAGACAGUUCCCGCCACAGCUCUAUGCUUAUUUGAUAAUGCUCGGCACUGGUUUUGGUUUGGCGCUCCCUACAGUAUCGAUGAUCGCGCGAUUGGAAGUCUCCCAUCUCGACCAUGCAGUAAGUGCUGCCGCAAUAUCCUCGCUGCGCAGUCUAGGCGGCACCAUCGGUAUCUCGAUCGGAAACAUCAUUCUAUCCAACCAAGUAUGGUCGAAGCUUGCGAAAGAGCUCUCGAAGGAACAAAUCUCGCAGAUCCGAGACUCUCACUUUUCUUUGACUACGCUGACGUCUGAACAAAUCACCAAAAUCAGAGCCACGUUUGGUACAGGCUUCGACCGAAACACCAGAAUCACUAUGUAUUUUGGCAUCGCCGCAUUUGUGUUCAGCAUUGGAUGCUUUGUUCGCAAUCCAUUGGAAAUUCGACAACUAGACGAGAAGGAAGAUGCCGAGAAGAGGCAACUCGAUCGCGAAAUUGCAGCCCAAGAAGAUCUUUCAUCACAAACCUCCGAGGUAGUAACACCAAGCAUCAAUUCGAGACAGGAGGUUUGA